CGCCUGGCACCGGGGACCGUUGCCUGACGCGAGGCCCAGCUCCACUUUUCGCCCGCGUCUCCUCCUUUUGCCCUCCUCCUCCUUUGCUACCAACUGCAACUCCUCGGUCCUCGCUCAACUCGUGAGUCCUUGACUCCGUGCUUCUCCGCCCGCUCCGCAGCCCCGCUUCCCAUCCCGUCUUAUUCUGUUCCCCAAAGGUGGGAGCGCAUCUGCCCGGGUCCGCACCAUGGCACGGUUUGGCUUGCUCGCGCUUCUCUGCACCCUGGCCGCGCUCACUGUCUCGCUGCUGGCUGCGGAGCUCAAGUCGAAAAGUUGCUCGGAAGUGCGACGUCUUUACGUGUCCAAAGGCUUCAACAAGAACGAUGCCCCCCUCUAUGAGAUCAACGGCGACCAUUUGAAGAUCUGUCCCCAUGGCUACACCUGCUGUUCUCAAGAGAUGGAAGAGAAGUACGGCCUGCAAAGUAAAGAUGAUUUCCAGAGCGUGCUCAGUGAACAGUGCAACCAUUUGCAGGCCAUCUUCGCGUCCCGCUACAAGAAGUUUGAUGAAUUCUUCAAAGAACUACUUGAAAAUGCAGAGAAAUCCCUGAAUGAUAUGUUUGUGAAGACAUAUGGCCACUUAUACAUGCAAAAUUCAGAACUAUUUAAAGAUCUCUUCGUAGAGUUGAAGCGCUACUAUGUGGCGGGAAACGUGAACCUGGGAGACAUGCUCAAUGACUUCUGGGCUCGCCUUCUGGAGCGCAUGUUUCGCCUGGUGAACUCUCAGUACCAUUUUACAGAUGAGUACCUGGAAUGCGUGAGCAAAUACACAGAGCAGCUGAAACCCUUUGGAGAUGUCCCUCGGAAACUGAAGCUCCAGGUUACACGCGCCUUUGUUGCAGCCCGGACUUUUGCUCAAGGCUUAGCAGUUGCAAGGGAUGUAGUGAGCAAAGUCUCUGUGGUGAACCCCACAGCCCAGUGCACGGAAGCGCUGCUGAAGAUGAUCUACUGUUCCCACUGCCAGGGCCUGGUGUCUGUGAAGCCCUGUUACAACUACUGCUCUAACAUCAUGAGAGGCUGUUUGGCCAACCAAGGAGACCUCAAUUUUGAGUGGAACAAUUUCAUAGACGCUAUGCUGAUGGUGGCAGAGAGGCUGGAGGGCCCCUUCAACAUUGAGUCGGUUAUGGAUCCUAUCGAUGUGAAGAUUUCGGAUGCUAUCAUGAACAUGCAGGAUAACAGCGUCCAAGUGUCUCAGAAAGUUUUCCAAGGCUGUGGGUCUCCGAAGUCUCUCCCGGCUGGCCGAAUUUCUCGGUCCAUCUCUGAAAGUGCCUUCAGCGCUCGAUUCAGGCCUUAUCAUCCAGAACAACGUCCAACCACAGCCGCUGGCACUAGUUUGGACCGACUGGUUACUGAUGUCAAGGAAAAACUGAAACAGGCUAAGAAGUUCUGGUCCUCUCUCCCAACCACUGUUUGCAAUGACGAGAGGAUGGCGGCAGGGAAUGGCAAUGAGGAUGACUGCUGGAAUGGCAAGGGCAAAAGCAGGUACCUGUUUGCAGUGACCGGAAAUGGAUUGGCCAACCAGGGCAACAACCCUGAAGUCCAGGUCGACACCACCAAACAAGACAUGCUGAUCCUUCGUCAAAUCAUGGCCCUUCGGGUUAUGACCAAUAAGAUGAAGAAUGCUUACAACGGCAAUGACGUGGACUUCUUUGAUAUCAGUGAUGAAAGUAGUGGAGAAGGAAGCGGAAGUGGCUGCGAAUAUCAGCAGUGUCCUUCCGAGUUUGAGUACAAUGCCACUGACCAUUCUGGGAAGAGUGCCAAUGAGAAGGCCGACAGUGCCAGCGCCCAUGCUGAGGCAAAGCCCUACCUCCUCACUAUCCUCUGCCUCUUGUUCUUCGCUGUGCAGAGAGAGUGGAGAUAAUUGUCAAACCCUGAGUAAAAGUGUUCAUCAUCAGAGAGUUCAAAGGCACCAGUUCUCACUUUUUUUUUUUUUUACCAUCCUAGUGACUUUGCUUUUUAAAUGAAUGGACAGACAGCAACUGUACAGUUUUUACGAUGUGGCCACUGGUUUGAGCAGUGUUGACUUUGU